AUGUCAAAGUGGGCUGAUCUUCCCGGUGAUGUCUUCUUCCAAAUAAUGCGUCGACUAUUUUCUGAUGAUAUCAUCAUCUCCAGUGCUGUGUGCAAGUCAUGGCACUCACUCCUUAAUUCAGUGGAGAAACUCCCAUUACCUCCUAGUUGUCCUUGGCUUAUGCUUGCAGAGGAAAAUGAACAAAGUGAAAAAAGCAAUAACGAAGAAAGUAGGACUCGGACUCGUGGCUUCUUCAACUUACGAAAUGCUAAAGUUCACAAUUUCGAGCUUCCUGAGGUUGCUGGAAGAAGAUGCUUUGGAACAUCUUUUGGAUGGUUGCUCACUAUAGGAACCGAUUUACAAAUCAACCUCUUGCAUCCGAUGUCUAAACACCUAUUAUGUCUUCCACCCCAACCUACCUUUAGCUGGCAGUAUGAUUCUGAUCUCGAGCCUAAAGAUAUUAUUGGAAUGUUUCUUAAAAAGGUUGUUUUGUCAAGGAGUCCUUGGAACCCAGCAACUCAAGAAUGUGAUUGUGAUUGUGUAAUCAUGGUAAUCUAUGGUGAAUAUCGGCAAUUGGCCUUCACUAGACCAGGAAAUAAAGCUUGGAUGGAUAUAAAAAGUUCUCGAAGAAAACGGUAUGCUGACAUUGCAUUCUACAAGGGUAAAUUUUAUGCCGUAGAUUAUGAUGGUGCACUUGUUGUUUGUCGCAUUGAUGAUAACAAAAAGCCUAGGGCUAAAGCUAUUGCCCCUCCUCUAGAAGGAAUCACUAUGAGUUUCAAAUGGAAUGUCCAAAAGUAUAUUGUUGAAUCAUCGGGAGGCCUUUUGUUGGUUACACGCUAUCGAGGAGGUCAUAUAUAUUCCGAGCAUAAUGAUUACUAUGACCGGAGCUAUGAUUCUGACUCUGACUCCGACUCUGGACAAAAUGAAUCCAGUGAUGAGGAUGAUAUUGAGAAUGAUGACUUUGAGGAUUAUGUUGAGAAUGAGGAUGAUGUUGAAGAUGAGGACCCUAUGGAUGAAUCUGAAGAAGAACGCUACAAUGAAGCUAGCCCCUAUGUGACAAUUGGGUUCAUAGUUCAAAAAUUAGAAAGAUGUCAUCAAGGGGGAAGUAAAUUCAAAUAUAAAUGGAUGAAGGUUGAUAGCUUGGGUGAUCAAGCGUUGUUUGUGGGUGACAAUUCAUCAUUGUCAUUGACUGCAUCGAGCCUUAAUGGAAUCAAACCUAAUUGUAUCUAUUUUACAGAUGAUGAUUUACGCGUUUUUAAUUGUACCCGUAAUGGUGGAGGGUCUGACAUGGGCGUGUUUAGUAUGAAGGAUGCCGAAAUUAAGUCCCAUUACUCCGGUCAAUCCCUUUCCUUCUUUUGUACCCCACUUUGGUACAUAUGA